ACGGUGCAAGUUAGAAAGAUUCCAUAGCAGAAAAUCCUAUCAUGCGUUUUUAUUAUGAAUUAUUUAACCUCAAUUAAAACGAUUAAAUCAUAAGGCAGACGUAAUUUUAAGAAUCCUUAGACUUAGAAUUUAGGACAUCCUUAUCUGCUUAAGAUUCAUAAUGAAUUUGUUGCCAAAAAACUACAAUGAGUUUGUGAAAGCAGAAUACUGGGAAGAAUUCUUUAAAAAGAGAGGAGCAAAAGCUUUUGAAUGGUAUGGAGAAUAUCCGGAACUAUGUGGAGUACUUCAUAAAUAUAUCAAACCACAGGACAACAUGCUGAUGGUAGGUUGUGGUAAUUCUCAACUCAGUGCGGACCUAUAUGAUGUUGGCUACCAUAACAUAGUUAACAUAGAUAUCAGUGAUACCGUCAUUAGACAGAUGGUUGAUAAAAAUCAGCAACAGCGUCCAGAUAUGAAGUUUUUAAAAAUGGAUGUCUUAAAUAUGGAGUUUGCAGACAAUGAAUUUACUGUAGCCUUAGAUAAAGGAACACUUGAUGCAUUGAUGGUAGAUAGUAGUGAGAAAGUUGUACAUGAUGUUGAACAGAUGUUUAAUGAAAUAGACAGAGUACUAAAACUGAUGGGCCGCUACAUAUGUAUAUCAUUGUUGCAGCAACAUAUCCUUGAUAAAGUUAUACAGUUCUUCUCAGAAAAAGGCUGGGCUGUGAGAAUACACCGGAUACAUACUGAAGAAUCUGGGAACUCGGACAAAGAUUUUCACAUGCCAGUGUUUGCUUUAAUCUUUACCAAGUUCAAGAAAAAUCCUAAACUUCCUAAGAUUCUAGAGGUGUUUUCACAACAAGAUAAGAAUGAAAGAUUGGGCAGUGUUGAAGAUGUUAUAAAUCUGGUGAAAGAAAUGCAGUAUUUUGCUGUAAUAAGACAAAGAAUCUCUAAAAGGAAAGUAACGGAGGAGCAGUUGUCAUUGACCCUGUAUGGGGACAUGGAGACCACACCUAGAUACACCCUAACUAUUGUAGACUCCACCAACAAACUGACAAAUAAAUUUGCUAUCUUCAUUGUACCACAGGGAAGGGAAACAGAAUGGAUGUUUGCUACAAAUGCUGGUAGGAUUCAACUAUCAGAGAGUGCUGGGUUUGAACGACUUGUUGUAGUGACCUUACAUCGUAAUCAUACAUACACUGAUAUUGAUGCUAUACAGGCUGAACUGUCUACCAAGGUGAUGGAACUAGCACCUCCUACCUUUAAACAUGGAACAAAGGUGCCGUUUCUCUCUGUGGGUAACAGUAUAGGUUGGAGAAAGGUGUUUAAGAGUGGGCAUAGUGAAAUCAGUGGUGAUUAUGUGGUAGAGGAAGUGCAGGGUGAUGGUAACGUUAUAUAUCGAAGACUUGUGUUCCUUAGCAACCAAAAUGUUGUACAAUCAGAGGCGAAACUUAAGCCAGUAUCUCAAAAGAAGAAAAAUAAAGGAAAACAACUCAGCAAUGUUGUUGAUAAGAGUUAUCUUGCCUGUCAACAUCAUGUUGCUAUGGUAGCAGGCCUAGCAUGUGUCCAAUGUGAUGAUUUUUCCUCAUUACUAGUAUCAGGACUGUCAGUGUUACUGGUAGGCCUUGGUGGUGGUGGUCUUCCUACAUAUAUUCAUACUUAUUAUCCUGAAAUAGAAAUAGAUGUUGUAGAUAUAGAUCCAGAAAUUGUUACGCUAGCCACAGAAUGGUUCGGUUUUGUCCCAGAUGAUAAGCUUAAAGCCCAUGUUGAUGAUGGGUUAGUUUAUAUACAGACUGAAAAAGAGAAAGGAAGGAGACGAUAUGUUAUAAUGUUGGAUGUUAAUGGUAGUGAUGUAUCAGUGGGUAUGAGUUGUCCACCAGAACCUUUUGUAGAUGAAAACUUCCUUCACUGUAUAAAGGACAGUCUGUUUAAUGGAGGUGUGUUUAUACUGAACCUGGUAUGUAGAGAUGAUAUGUUAAAGACGCAAGUUAAACAGAGAAUAGAGAAAGUUUUUGAUGUAGUUUUUUGUCAUCAAAUAGAAGACGAGGUCAAUGAGGUCAUAUAUGCAUUAAGUGUUGAUAAUAGUAGUGUUGAAAGUAGUAAACUAAAGUCAGCGUGGGAGAAAAAUUGUCAAGUGUUAGAUAAACUAGCAAGGAGAGGAAGUGUAAAAGCAGACAUUGAUUUGGUGAAAGAAAUAGAAAAUAUAAAUAUCUUGUGAAAAUAUGUGGAUAAGAAUUGUUUCAAUAAAAU